UUCCCUUCUUUCUUUUCUCCUUCUCUCUCUUCUCUCUCUCUCUCCCCAAUCCACGCGCACACCACACCAAGAAUCGUCUUCGUCAAAACGAGCUCCCCCACCCCCCAAACAAACCCUAACUCCGUCCUUCCCUUCUCUCUCCUCACUCCCUCCCUCUCCCUCUCUCUCUCUCUACAGCUUCUCCCGCAAUUCGCCUCCGAUUCGAGCUCCCGAUGGACCGCCGGACCUCCUCCGCCCCUCCGCUCCCCUGAUGCCGCCCCCCGCCCGGUAAAAGAAACCCUAGGCGAUCGCUGCGGCUGCUGCUGCUGCUGCUGCUGCUGCUGCUGCCCCCCUCCGCCCUUUUUCUUCCUCCGAUCGCCGCCCGGGAAUUUCCGCGUCGCCGACGAUGGAGGGCCCCGCGGAGGACGCCGUAGCUCCCGAGUCGUGGGAGGUGGCCGACGUGGACGAGACCAUGAGGCGGCUCUUGCUCUCCGCCAAGGAGCCGAACGCCCAGGACCCCGGCGGCGGCGGCGGCGGCGGCGGCGGCUCGGGGUCGGCUCCCCCGGCCACCUCGCCGUCGGCGCCUCCGGAGAAGGUCACGGAUGAUGCUCUGAGCCAGGUCGAUCAGUUCCUCCGGGAGGCUCUGGAGAAUCCUCGGGAGAGGCUUUCCAUACUCCGUAUGGAGCAAGACGUGGAGAAAUUUAUUCGAGAUCCAAUGCAAAAGCAGAUGGAAUUUCAGCAGCUGCCUACGUCUUAUCUACGGCUGGCUGCGCACCGUGUUGCACAGCAUUACGGUUUGCAGUCCAUGGUUCUGCUUGACACUAAUUUGCCCGAUGCCUCAAACUCCCGUAUCAUUGUUAGCAAGACAUCCGAGUGUAGGAUUUUCCCAAUACGAUUGGCAGAUAUCCCAGUUAAUUUACCUUCUCAGGACACUGGUGUCAUGAAGGUUGCAAUUAAACAGAGACCAAAGCGGUUUCCAAAUGCAAAUUCGGGUAACUCAAAUUCUUUGAAGUCAAACAGUGCCAAGAGUGUGGAGGAAAGGAAAGAGGAGUAUAAUAGGGCUCGUGCUCGGAUUUUUAACUCUAACAACUUCAAUGCUGGAUUGGCUGGGAAACCAGAAACCGGACCGAGAGAAACCGGACUGAGAGAAACCGGACCGAGAGAAACCGGACUGAGAGAGAGAGAAACCGGACUGAGAGAAACCGGACUGAGAGAAACCGGACCAAGAGAAACUGGACUGAGAGAAACUGGACCAAGAGAAACUGGACCAAGAGAAACUGGACCAAGGUUUCAAGAUAAUUCCCAGCAUAACUCCUUGGCUUUAUCCAAGAUGGAAGAGAAGGCUCUGCCAGGAGUCAAUGAAGCAAACAGUGUUAGGGGAUUAACUGACUCAGCUACAUCUAGCAGUGCAUCAGCUAGAAGCAGAGAAAAGGAACCUAUCGGUAGGCACAAAUCCAACAGUCGGGUGGCUAUAUUUCGGGAUCGUGAGGUGGACCGCAAGGAUCCUGAUUAUGACAGGAACUAUGACAGGUACAUGCAAAGAUUUGAUCCUGGAUUCGGGUUCCCUGGAGGGCCUUACACCGUGCAACCUAUGUAUACUCCAGCAAUAAAUUAUAACACAGAAUUUCCACAGCUUGGAUCUAGUCAUCGGCCUCAGGUUCCUGCUGAACACCAGCCUCGGCCACUACCUCAGCACAUACCUGGGCCAUGGUCCGGAUCCUCUAGCGCUGUGGGGAUAGGGUAUGGGCAUCCAGACAUGAUUGCACCAUUCAGUCCAAACCAUGUCAAUGCACACUCAUCGUCGGCUUAUCUGCAUUCGUCUCAGUAUGCUUGUCAGCGACCUGGCAUGCCUUUUGUCCAUCCCAAUGAACAUGUUCAUCCACCCUUUACACAGUCUCACCACCAGCAACCUGAUGCAAGUUUUGGAUUAGCCCGGCCCCGAUGAGGGGCUCGGGCCAUGCCUGCAAUCCUGCUGGCUGGAACUCGAGCUUGAAACUGGGUGGGCCAUCAGGGCCCUAAGUACAUUCAAGUGCAGGAUUGCAGGCAUAGAGAACCAAGGUGGAAUGGAGUGGACGUUGAUACAGGCAUCAAGCAUCCAUCCGCUUCUCCAGCCUUGGUUGUAAUAGAGCUUCCAGCGUCUUUAAUGGUCGGAAGCUUUGGCAUCUCUUUCGGUCAUUGAGAUAUGGAGGUGUCACCGCAGAUCUUCAUGUUGCCCAUUGAUGUUGAUGGUGAUGAUGAUGACGAUGAAGAGAAUAAUGAGAUGGAGCACAUGUCAAGCUUGAAACCGGGCAGGCCAUCAGGGCCCUAAGUACAUUCAAGUGCAGGAUUGCAGGCAUAGAGAACCAAGGUGGAAUGGAGUGGACAUUGAUACAGGCAUCAAGCAUCCAUCCGCUUCUCCAGCCUUGGUUGUGAUAGAGCUUCCAGCAUCUUUAAUGGCCGGAAACUUGGCAUCUCUUCCGGUCAUUGAGAUAUGGAGGUGUCACCGCAGAUCUUCGUGUUGCCCAUUGAUGUUGAUGGUGACGAUGACGAUGACAGAGUAAUGAUAUGGAGCAUAUGAACCUGCAAACUCCAGCUUGAAACUGGGCAGGCCAUCAGGGCCCUAAAACAUGCGAGUGCAGGAUUGCAGGCAUAGAGAACUAAGGUGGAAGGAGUGGACAUUGAUACAGGCAUAAACAUUCAUCCGCUUCUCUGGCCUUGGUUGUGAUAGAGCUUCCAGCAUUUUUAAUGGCUGGAAGCUUGGCAUUUCUUUUGGUCAUUGAGAUAUGGAGGUGUCACUGCAGAUCUUCAUGUUGCCCAUUGAUGUUGAUGGUGACGACGACGACGACGAAGAAAAUAAUGUUAUGGAGCAUAUGACCUGCGAGCUCGAGCUUGAAACUGGGCAGCCAUCAGGGCCUAAAGUACAUUCAAGUACAGGAUUGCAGGCAUAGAGAACCACAGUGGAAAGGAGUGGAUGUUCAUACAGGCAUCAAGCAUCCAUCCGCUUCUCCAGCCUUGGUUGUAAUAGAGCUUCCAGCGUCUUUAAUGGCUGGAAGCUUGGCAUUUCUUUCGGUCAUCGAGAUAUGGAGGUGUCACUGCAGAUCUUCAUGUUGCCCGUUGAUGUUGAUGGUGACGACAAAGAGAAUAAUGAUAUGGACCUGCAAAUCUAAGCUCUAGAUUCAGUUUAAAAAUCACUGUGCCAAGAAGAACCACUGGGUUGCUGGGCAGUCACAGGGUUGUAUCUCGCUGACUGGAAGUAGAUGCCCGGAUUGGUUUUGGAAUGGCUGGUUCACUGUCACAUCUCGGUGCCCUCAUUUACCUUACCCCUUGUUUGGGUGGAAUUGUCGCAGAGAGCAUCGCAUUUCUCUGAAUGCAGGUCAUGCAGUGUACCUUGUGUUCUGUACAAAAGUUGAUGGAUACCAUAUUUACUCGUUUAUUUAGUUAAUUGCAGUGAGCUUUGCAACUUUUGAUGUUUUAUGACAGUUUUAUGUUAGUCUCUAGAGACUGCUUAUGUGCAUGUAAAUUUUCUUAUUACACCUAAAAAAUCACUUCGUGGCAGUAUUUGUCUAGCCCAUUCUCAUGUAAUAUGUGAAUCUCAUUCGAUUUUGCACCAUUGAUUUUUGUGGACA